CCCAAAUCUGUGUGCAAUGGCACCCAUGAGUCUCCCUCCUGGUUUCAGGUUCCAUCCAACGGACGAGGAACUCGUUGCUUACUAUCUAGAUCGGAAAAUCAGCGGCCGUACGAUUGAGCUUGAAAUUAUCCCAGAAGUUGACCUCUACAAAUGUGAGCCGUGGGAUUUACCAGAGAAAUCAUUUUUACCGAGCAAAGAUAUGGAGUGGUACUUCUACAGUCCAAGGGAUAGAAAGUACCCGAAUGGAUCAAGAACCAAUCGGGCCACCCGAGCCGGUUACUGGAAAGCUACCGGAAAAGACCGGCCGGUUCACUCUCAUAAACGUCCGGUCGGGAUGAAGAAGACGUUGGUGUAUUAUAGAGGGAGAGCUCCCCAUGGCAUUAGAACCAACUGGGUCAUGCAUGAAUAUCGCCUCACCGACUCAGCCUGUCACACUGCUGCAUCAUCAAGUUUGAAGGAUUCCUAUGCAUUGUGUCGUGUUUUCAAGAAAACAAUAAUCCAGGUGCCAAAAACGAAGGAAGAGGAAAUGAUUGGGAAUAAUCAAGACAAAGAUUCUGUCUGGGUCUUGGAUGAUCAACAAUUGUUUGAGGAUGAUACGAGUGGAUCACUUGAAACUUCCAGAGGGAAAGAAGCUGAUGAUGAGAAUUUCAUUCAUGACUACUCUAAUAAUAAGCUCCCAUCAGAUACUUCUUCCUCAGAUCUCACUCAAGGGACUCCUGCUGAAGCUGGCAUGGCAGAUGAUUUUCAUGCUCCAUUUGCCUCCGAUGAAGCAAAUAGUGCUGCUGAUUUUUGUUCUCUUGGUGUGGACUUCCCCACAAAUCUUCUAAUUCAGGACACACAGAUACCGAAUUACACAAGACUGGAUUAUCAAAUUCCCUACCCACCCUUAGAACUUGAAGAUUUUCCGCAGAUAAAUUUAACAGAAACAGAGCCAUUAAUGAAGCCUGAAAUCGUCGAAGAAUACAUGUCAUACAACAAGAUCCGGGAUUAUAUGAAUGGAACAUUAGAAGAAUUUUUCUCUUUAUGUUCCUCUCAAGAAAAUUCCACUGCCCUUUCCAUGCAAGACAAAGUACACUAACAUUAACACCACCUUCAGAAACAUUAUGAUAUGUACUACGUACAACUUCAAUUCAUUGACACAAAGCUACAACAUUGUGUUCGGCUAAAAUAACCUAAAAUUGGGGAUUGUUUAGCAAGAUGUACGAUGAGCCUAUAUUUGAUCAAGG